CCCAGCCAUGGCCAUCUCCCGCAAGCUCUCCGCGAUGAGCGACGAGCAGCGCGACGUGCGCCGCUACGUCAAGCUCGCCUACUUUGCGAUGGCUGCCUGCGGCCUCGCGGCCUUCGCCUACCUGGGCGGCGAGUCGGACGCGCACCUCGCCUCGGAGGGCGCACCUCAUCGCCGCCGUCUCGGAGGGGGCGGGCCCGUCGUCGGCUGGGGCAAACCCGGGGGCAAGCUCAAGCUUGACUGCCACUACAUGAACCCGUUGUACAACUACUCGGACUCCGCCCCGGCUCCCGACCACUACCGCCAGCUGGCAGAGGAGGGCGGCUUCCCGGAGGUGGAGGGCGGCAAGGGCUUGCCGGAUAACGCGCCGCCAUGCCCGCCCGCGCCGCCCUACAAGGUCCACUCUUGCCAGGUCCUCUACUGGGACCUGACCGACUUUGACACGAGCGGCGGCGUCGCCGUCUGGCUCUUCAUCAUGUUCUACUGCUUCGUCGGCAUCGCCAUCGUCUGCGACGACUUCUUCGUCGAGGCGAUCGAGGAGGUGGUCGAGGUGCUCAAGAUUCCCGAGGACGUCGCCGGCGCAACCUUCAUGGCGGUCGGGUCGUCGGCGCCCGAGUUCUUCACGGUGAUCAUCGCCACGAUGGUGACCGAGUCGGACGAGGGCAUCGGCGACAUCGUCGGCGCCGCCGUCUUCAACUCGAUGACCAUCGUCGGCCUGACUUGCAUCUUUGCCGGCCAGACCCUCGUCAUCACCAAGUUCCCGGUGCUGCGCGACUUCUCCUUCUACAUCCUCUCCAUCAUCCUCCUCUUCCUCUUCGCCCUCGACGAGAAGAUUCUCUGGUACGAGUCCCUCCUCCUCCUCAUCGGCUACGCGUCCUACGUGUUUUGGAUGACCAAGAACCGCAAGAUUGCAAGGGCCAUGUACAGCCGCGGCGGCUUCCUCAAGUCACUGACGGCCGACUACAUCGCCGACGUCGAGCGCCGCGCCAAGGAGGCGGAGGAGAAGGAGGCCAAGAAGGCGGCCAAGGAGGAGGGCGACGCCGAGGCCGGCCAGCCCAAGCCCAAGGAGGGCGGUGUCGGCUUCACCCCCACGGCGUACGACGCGAACGCCGAGGGCGCGGACAAGUCCUCCGCCGCUUCGGCCGCGCCCGCGGCCUCGCCGGCCAGCAGCGCCAAGCCCUCCUUCAUCCGGACCCUCUCCUUCACGCUGCGCAACUCCAAGUCGUUUGUUGCCUUCCGCAAGAACACGUCCGCCUACAAGUGCAUCGCCAAGGUCCAAAAGGCCUUCUCGUGGCCGCUCACCACCGCCUUCAAGCUGUCGAUGCCGGAGUCGAUGCGCGACAAGUGCAAGUACUGGUUCAUGGGGAACUUCGUCGUGUCGGUCGCCUGGAUCUGCGUCCUCAUCACGUGCGUGCUCAUCUUCACCACGCGCGUCGGCUGCAUCCUCAACAUCCCGGGCAUCGUGAUGGGCACCAUCGUGCUCUCCUCCGGCACCUCCGUCCCCGACUCGCUCUCCUCCAUCAUCGUCGCGCGCAAGGGCGAGGGCGACAUGGCCAUUGCAAACGUGCUCGGCUCAAACAUCUUUAACAUCUUCGUCUGCCUUGGCUUCUCGUGGAUGCUCUGGAACAUCGCCGAAGGCCCCUACGAGGCGAACGCGCUGAAGGGCAACCUCUGGUUCCCCAUCAUGAUUGUGCUCGUCUACUCGUGCUUCCUGCUCAUCGCCUUCAUCGUCUCGCGGUGGCAGCUCACCAAGAAGCUCGGCUUCUCGCUCAUCUUCCUGCACAUGACCUUCAUCGCCCUCACGCUGCUCACCAACUCGAUCGGCGGAAAGGAGCCCGUCCUGCUCCUGCCCAACACGCCCGGCUGGUCGGACGGGCGCUGAGCCUCAGAGCAUCUCCGAGCUGGGGCGCUCGGGCUUGCCUUGAGCUAUGGCAUGCGCGCCGGCAUCUUUCUGCUGGCCGCCUGCAGACGCCCUCUUCUAGCGGGCCUCGGUCGGGCUUGAGCAUGUACAAGGACACGGACAAUGGCGACGCGGCAGCGGCGCGGCGAGGGGGGCAGCGCAGAGGGGCAGACGAGAGGGCGGAGACGACCGGCUCGCUAGAGCGAGCUCCAAGCCCGCCGCCGUUGUGGGGGGGCCAGGCGGACGAAACGUGCUACAUGGUUCGUCACGGUCCCAGGACGAGGACGCAGGACCGGCCGUGUUUCCUUCUAUACAUGUAACAAGUUUGACUCCGC